CAAGCUCAUACCAACACACGGGAGUAUCUACCCAAUAUGGUAAUAGGAUCAGCAAGUAUACUAACUAAACUAGAUAUUAAUAAUGAGCUUAAGCUGAGUAGUAUAGAGUCUACUGACCUUUCUAUAAAGAGGAUUACCAAAUUUGGAAGCUUAGAUAUAAGUAGUAUGAGUAAUACGGGGAAUAUAGUCAUAGAAUAUACCGAAAUAGGACUUGUGAAGGGUGGAAAAAUUCUGGGUGAGUGCUAUCUAUGGAUGUAUCACUCUGAGCAUACGUUACCAAUAGAAUCCGGGCCUGAGCUUGGUGUACUUGAUAGAUAUAAUAUGAAAUGUA